AUGCUGGGAGGCGAAGUCUGUGUAACAGGGGAUACAGGACAAGUGUUCGCGUGCCGAGUAUUUGUGUCGCACAGCCCGGACCUACGCGGCCACGGCAGCCCGGACCGACGCGGCCACGGCAGCCCGGACCGACGCGGCCACGGCAGGCCGGACCGACGCGGCCACGGCAGCCCGGACCGACGCGGCCACGACAGCACGGACCGACGCGGCCACGACAGCCCGGACCGACGCGGCCACGACAGCCCGGACCGACGCGGCCACGGCAGCCCGGACCUACGCGGCCGACGCGGCCACGGCAGCCCGGACCUACGCGGCCACGGCAGCCCGGACCGACGCGGCCACGGCAGCCCGGACCGACGCGGCCACGACAGCACGGACCGACGCGGCCACGGCAGCCCGGACCGACGCGGCCACGGCAGCCCGGACCGACGCGGCCACGGCAGCCCGGACCUACGCGGCCACGGCAGCCCGGACCGACGCGGCCACGGCAGCCCGGACCGACGCGGCCACGACAGCACGGACCGACGCGGCCACGGCAGCCCGGACCGACGCGGCCACGGCAGCCCGGACCGACGCGGCCACGACAGCCCGGACCGACGCGGCCACGGCAGCCCGGACCGACGCGGCCACGGCAGCCCGGACCGACGCGGCCACGGCAGCCCGGACCUACGCGGCCACGGCAGCCCGGACCGACGCGCCCACGGCAGCCCGGACCGACGCGGCCACGGCAGCCCGGACCGACGCGGCCACGGCAGCCCGGACCGACGCGGCCACGGCAGCCCGGACCGACGCGGCCACGGCAGCCCGGACCGACGCGGCCACGGCAGCCCGGACCGACGCGGCCACGGCAGCCCGGACCGACGCGGCCACGGCAGCCCGGACCGACGCGGCCACGGCAGCCCGGACCGACGCGGCCACGGCAGCCCGGACCGACGCGGCCACGGCAGCCCGGACCGACGCGGCCACGGCAGCCCGGACCGACGCGGCCACGGCAGCCCGGACCGACGCGGCCACGGCAGCCCGGACCGACGCGGCCACGGCAGCCCGGACCGACGCGGCCACGGCAGCCCGGACCGACGCGGCCACGGCAGCCCGGACCGACGCGGCCACGGCAGCCCGGACCGACGCGGCCACGGCAGCCCGGACCGACGCGGCCACGGCAGCCCGGACCGACGCGGCCACGGCAGCCCGGACCGACGCGGCCACGGCAGCCCGGACCGACGCGGCCACGGCAGCCCGGACCGACGCGGCCACGGCAGCCCGGACCGACGCGGCCACGGCAGCCCGGACCGACGCGGCCACGGCAGCCCGGACCGACGCGUCCACGGCAGCCCGGACCGACGCGGCCACGGCAGCCCGGACCGACGCGGCCACGGCAGCCCGGACCGACGCGGCCACGGCAGCCCGGACCGACGCGGCCACGGCAGCCCGGACCGACGCGCCCACGGCAGCCCGGACCGACGCGGCCACGGCAGCCCGGACCGACGCUGCCACGACAGCCCGGACCGACGCUGCCACGGCAGCCCGGACCGACGCGGCCACGGCAGCCCGGACCGACGCAGCCACGGCAGCCCGGACCGACGCUGCCACGACAGCCCGGUCCGACGCUGCCACGGCAGCCCGGACCGACGCGGCCACGGCAGCCCGGACCGACGCUGCCACGACAGCCCGGACCGACGCUGCCACGGCAGCCCGGACCGACGCGGCCACGGCAGCCCGGACCGACGCGGCCACGACAGCCCGGACCGACGCGGCCACGACAGCACGGACCGACGCGGCUACGACAGCACGGACCGACGCGGCCACGACAGCCCGGACCGACGCGGCCACGGCAGCCCGGACCGACGCGGCCACGACAGCCCGGACCGACGCGGCCACGACAGCACGGACCGACGCGGCCACGACAGCACGGACCGACGCGGCCACGACAGCCCGGACCGGCGCGGCCACGACAGCCCGGACCGACGCAGCCACGACAGCCCGGGCCGACGCGGCCACGGCAGCCUGGACCGACGCGGCCACGGCAGCCCGGACCGACGCGGCGACGGCAGCCCGGACCGACGCGGCCACGAGAGCCCGGACCGACGCGGCCACGACAGCCCGGACCGACGCGGCCACGGCAGCCCGGACCGACGCGGCCACGGCAUGCACUUGCAUGAAUGA